UUGAUGUCCUGUGCAUACUGCAUUGUAGUAAACGAAAAGCGACCGUCGAUUUUAAAUUAUAAAAUACAAUAAUUAUGAUAAGCGACGAGUGUCCUAUACAACAGUACAGAGUAGAAACUGUGGACCCAACAGCAUAUUAUGUGUCAGGGUUUAUAACCCCCGAGGAGGAAAAAUACAUUUUAUCAUACAUAUAUGCUGCACCGAAACCAAAGUGGACCCAACUAUCAAAUAGAAGGUUGCAGAACUGGGGUGGCAUCCCUCACAAUAAAGGCAUGAUAGCUGAAGAAAUUCCUCAAUGGCUGCAGACAUAUCUCGACAAAAUACACAAAUUAAAUCUCAUGAAUGGCAAAAGACCAAACCACGUUUUGGUUAAUGAAUACUUGCCAGGACAAGGCAUUCUUCCACAUUUAGAUGGAUCGUUAUUCUAUCCUACGAUAACGACAAUUUCUGUCGGUUCACAUACAGUAUUAAAGUUCUUACAACCUGCUUCUGAUGAAUGUAUGUCGUUGAAACCAGUGUUCUCAUUUCUGUUGGAACCUAGAAGCUUACUUGUCUUACAAGAUAAACUGUUUAGCUACUAUUUGCAUAGUAUAGAGGAAGUGAGUGAAGAUUUAUUAGAUGAUUCGAUAGUGAACUUACAUAUGUGUUCAGAUAAGUACGUCAAAGGUGCGCUGGUUGCACGAGACACGAGGAUAUCUCUGACAAUACGACAUGUACCAAAAACAACGACAUUCAAAAUUAAUAUUGGUAAUAAAAGGUGACGAUAGAGUAAUGUUUAAUGAGUGACGAAUGAUGAUUUUAGAAAAUAGUGAUUAUUCUUGUCAUAGACAAGCAAUAUACAAACCAAUUUUUUAUUGUAAUAUUAAUAUUUAAAAAAUAAAUGGACAUACAUUUUGUUAUAAUUGCAAUUAUA